CCUAGCUGUGCUGCUGAGCAAUGACAUGCUUUGAUAUAGAAAUGCUAUUCCAACGGGGCACAGCGUCUCAUCAGCUAGGCUAGCUUGUUGGAGUGGAAAAAAUCACUGGCUGCUUAGGUAGGAGUCUAGAUAUCAUUUGUGUACGUUAAGUCUCAGUUUGUGUGACGCCUCUACACAUUAAACAUUUCCCAAAGGAAAUAAGAAAAGGUGGCCAUCAGGAAUCAGGUCAACAGAGACGUAUCACAGCCCUUGAAGUUCUCAGCUUUGAUGCAGUACAGUGUACUUAGUGCAAGAUGACGGAAGAGGUGAUUGUCAUCGCCAAGUUUGACUACAUGGCCCAGCAGGACCAGGAGCUGGACAUCAAGAAAAACGAGCGCCUCUGGCUCCUUGACGACUCCAAGUCCUGGUGGAGGGUUCGAAAUGCCACCAACAAAACAGGCUUUGUGCCGUCCAACUAUGUGGAGAGGAAAAACAGUGCCAGAAAAGCUUCUAUUGUCAAGAAUCUCAAAGACACACUUGGAAUUGGGAAGGUAAAGAGCAGAAAGGGGGGGGUCAGAGACACAGCGUCCAACUCCGACACAGACAUGUAUGCAGACAACGGCGAGCGACUGUACGACCUCAACCUGCCUGCCCUGGUCAAGUUCAGCUACUCGGCCGAGCGUGAGGACGAGCUGUCUCUGGUGAAAGGCACACGGGUGGUGGUGAUGGAGAAGUGCAGUGACGGCUGGUGGCGCGGCAGCUACAGCGGACGAUCGGGCUGGUUUCCGUCCAACUAUGUGACGGAGGACGUGGAUGGGACGGCAGGGGGAGGGGGAAUGGGUGGGCUCAGUGACCCGGCGGGAUCGCUAACAGAGAAGCUUGCGGCUGUGGUGAACAGCACCACGAACGGGAACAGGGUGCUGCACACGGUUCAGGCGCUCUACCCUUUCAGCUCGGGCAACGAUGAGGAGCUGAACUUUGAGAAGGGCGAGGUGAUGGAGGUCGUGGAGAAGCCAGAGAACGAUCCGGAGUGGUGGAAGUGCCGCAAAGCGGACGGACAGCUGGGCUUGGUGCCCAAGAACUACGUCACUGUGCUGGACUCCACCUCCCAUAAACCCACAGCAGGGCUCGCUGGGCCGCCCACUCCUGACUGUGACUACAUCUCGCCUUCGGGCAGCGGGCGCUUCGCAGGGAAGGAGUGGUACUACGGGAAGGUGACGCGCCAUCAGGCGGAGGUGGCGUUAAACCAGAGAGGCGCAGAGGGAGACUUCCUCAUCCGAGACAGCGAGUCAUCGCCAAACGACUUCUCCAUCUCCCUGAAGGCGCAGAGCAAGAACAAGCAUUUCAAAGUGCAGCUGAAGGAAAACCUUUACUGCAUUGGACAGCGCAAGUUCAACUCUAUGGAAGAACUUGUUGAACACUACAAAAAAGCCCCCAUCUUCACCAGUGAGCAGGGAGACAAACUGUACCUGAUCAAGGCCUUGGCCGCCUCCUGAUCCCUCUCUGUCACACACACACACACACACACACACACACACACACAUGCACGCUCACACACACAGAGACACAAACACAACUACACAUUGUUAACUGCAUCCAUAUAUAGACAUACAGUUACUUACGCCAGAACAUACACUAACAUUUAAACGCCAAGCCUGAAGACUUAACACAUCAUCAGGACUUCAAUGCCCAAUUUGUGAGCAUUCCAAGAGGAGGUAUGGAAGCAACAGCAUGGGAGAGACUCGGAGGAACGGAUGGGGGGGAGACAAAAAGACUAUGGACUCCUGAGAGUUGACUACAGACCUCUUGGUCGCCUAUUUUAAAUUAUCCAGAUGUGUUAGUUCAUAGGCAAUGCCAUGUAUUUCCACCUUGAUAUCUAUUAGAGUUGCAUUUAGUUUCCUUUUUUUUUUUUUCUUUUUUUUUUUUUUUUUGUUGAUAAUAUAUAAUCUUUUAACAGUUUCUUUUUAAAAAUGUGAUGAUUUUUUUAAAAACUAUAUCCAACACACAACAACCAACCGUAUGAGGCAUUUUUUCAAAUGUUAGCGAAUCCAGAAUCUUAUCUUAGAGGUCUGCAUUUCAACUCAUUUUUGUGUUGUCUGUCUUAACUCAUUCUUUAUGGUUGUGGACACACUGAUCCACAACUUCUGCUAAAUGCUAAUCAUGAAUAAAAAUUAAGUGACCAAAAUAUAUUUAUUGAUACAAUUCUAUUAGGAUCAUGGUGGUAGAGGUUGGAAUAUCACACUGUGCAUCUGUGUGUGAUGUAAAGAUUGCUCUUCUUCUAGAUACUCAACUUUCUCUUUGUACUACAGAACUGCUUGUCUCACAUAUUGCUGUAUCCAUAUCAUGUGAAUGUUACAAAGCUGAGGCACCAGAGACAGUGGGAGGCUCAAAUUCCCCUCACUUUGCAUGCAGACAGAAAAGUGUCCUCACACCUUCACUUAGAAGAGACAGACUGAUGGAGUUUAUCCGCGUGCCUGAAGGUCAUGUGAAGAGUCAAAAAGUAUUUUCCCUCAUAGUAGGAGACUUCCUCCGUGAAGAGCAGGGACACACAACCCCCACCACCACCACCUCACGCUGCUUGGGGGGGGUGGGGGGAGGUGGGGGGGGAGUACACUGAACAGUUCUGUGGAGCUGGGAGGAGAAAUGAAAUGGAGGCUCAGUCCAGAGGAUGAUGUCACUGCUCCUGAAUUAGUGAUCACUGGAGGGAAUGGAGGGAGUAAAAGGUCACCCAGGGGUCGUGUUUGUGUGGUUGCAGAGCAUAUACGUCAAGCUAGGAGACGCCCUCUUCCUUAAGCAGGCACAAAGGAUCUUCACAAAACAAUUCCUUAUGACUAAGUACUGCUGGAAGAAAAGAAAACUGGUUUAAAUGCUCUGAUGUUUUCUUUGAUAUCUGGGCAUUUAUUUCCAUGACUAACGUGUAAGAGCAAGUUAAAGCGUCCUGGUUUGGGGCUUGUUUUUUUUCCAUUUGUAUGGUCAGAGUCAAGUUAGAAUACAUGUUUUCAGCACAACACACGGCUUAUAUUUACAGUAAAGGUCUCUAGUGAAUGGAUGUUUGUCGAGUGAAAACGGACCAAGUAGUGUUUGAAUGUUGAAGAGCAGCUAGUACUAGUGCCUGGAAUCAAAGCUACAGCGGCGUUGGCAGGGAGCCGCUCCAGCAGUGGGCUCAGGGAGACGACGACGAUGAUGAUGAUGGCGGUGGUGAUCUCGAUGGCUGUGAUGAUGGCUUCUCCAGCUGUGGCCAGUUGGACCCGAGCGCAGGAGAGAGAGACUGAGAGUGGAAGAGGGAUUUCACAGAGGAGGAAUGGAAAAAUGAACCCUUUAAAAAAAAAAAAAAAAAAAACAAAAGCAGUGAAUUAGGAUCGAGGGAGGAGACUUGGAGAAUCUGUUCCACUGGAUGAGAGUAUCUGGAAUACCGCUCCCAGUCAUAUUUGGGCGGGGGAAAUGAACGCAGGCCAACGCUGAUGUAUCACAGUAGAGAAUAAAAGAUUUUGGAUGGGAGUAUUUCAGAAAGGCUUUUAAGGUCUAGUCAGUCCAGGCAUUAAAAAAAACAGCCAGUCCUGCCACACAGCACAAAACAUGGGUGUGAACCUUUUCUUUUUUCCCUCCAUUCCCAAGGUGAUUGACAGAGCUAUUCAUACAAGAGCUGUGUGAAAACAGUGUGUAUUGGAGCUAUAUAAGAUUAAUUAUAAACAGAGAAACAAUUACCUUUCAAUUUGAUUUAUGAUGGCUUUAAACGGUUCUAGUUUUACAUCCACAGCUCUGGUCAAAAUCUUAAUUUAACUGUAAUUACACCACAUUAUACAAGUGAAACAAUUUACAUACAUACAACAAUUUAUAUAUUAGAAAAAUCAACAUUCCAAGAUGAAAGCUUCUGUCAAGAUUGGACAGAUCUCUGCCUCUAAGUGUAAAUCACAGGAUUGUUUUAUAUGACGAGUGAUUUUUUUGUUAAUUUUAGGUCCUGAAUCUGUAAAGGUUUAUUUAAAUCUUACAUAUUACCAUUAUUUCAACAUGUACAGGAUAUUUGUGCCUGUGUUCCCACUUUUAGUUUCUCUAUCUGACUGCGUUACCAGUCACCAGUAUAAGUAUUUGGGUUACAGGAUUUCUGUUACAUUGUCAUUUAUUACAUUCAAUCCCUGCCCUGGCUGUUGUAUCGUGCCAUGUUGCUGACACUUUGUGAGAGAUAGUGUUUGUCUGCAGUAGUAACCAACUGUUGUCAGCAACCUUUUUCUUUUUUUUUCUUUUUUUUUCUCUUUUCUUUUUUUCUUUUGUGAAAUUUCCUCCCUGACUUCCAUUUCUACAGAAUCUGCAAUAUUACGCAGCAUUAAAGUGACAAACGCCAACGCAACGUGCCCCAGUUUGAAGGAUUUAGGAGGAGAUUUUAAUGUGCCUUCACAGCUUUCUGUCAACCAAAGGUUUAGUGUCCCUUUUUUUUUCUUUUUUUUUUUUUUCUUUAUCCCGUUCUUCUCACUUGUCACCACUGCGUGCUAUUUGGUUAAAGCUUUGCAUGUGCAUCAGUUGAGUCUGAUUAGUGAGCGAUGUGUUGGGGUUUCUGAAAACAUUCUUAUCAAGGAGGGUAUUUCCUCUUUUAGCGCUCACUUUGUUGAUGUAGGCUGAAAAUGUCAUUGUCUAACGUUUUACGUCAUUGCAUAAAAUGCCCAUUAGUUGAUAUUGUGUGUAGUUUCAAGUGACCUUACCGUAGCUGAUCUCAUCAAGUAUAACUUCUUCAUGAACAGUAUAAAAAUAUGUGCUGAUGUUCAUUCAGAAACAUAACCCCAGGUGUGAUGUAAUCAUGACCUGAAUCUCAUGUAUGAGCACCUCAAGUAACGGUAUCACAUAUUGUUGGUUGUGAAGAAACUGUCAUGGUUUCCAAGGAAAUAGUUUUUUAUGUCUGUAUGUAUUUCAUAUAAGACUAGUGUAAGACAUUCACUUUUGCAGUUUAGCCACUUAAAUAUGUAAAAAAAAACAAAAAAACAAACAAAAAAAAACAGCAUCCUCGAUACUUAAAUGUGUUACUUGAUAUACAAAUAACAGAACUACAGUAUCUCCCUGCAUAGAUAUUGUUAUAAACUGGGAUCUUUUUUCAUUUUACAACAUGAAGGCCGCAUGAGCAGAGCCUUGUAGCUGUACAGGAAUGGUUUUGAAUCUGCUUAAAAAGACGUCGAAGUCAGUUGUGACAGAUAUUAUCAAGAGAUUGUUUAUCAAACUAUUUUUCCCACUCGAGAACUACAUUGCAGCUGGAGCUCUUUGGUUCUUGACUGCCAAACAAGCCUGAGAUAAUCUUGAAACUUAAGAUUGAUUUUUUGAUAAUAUUCAGAACAAAUGGCCCCAUGUUUAACUUUGGUGCUUUUGUGCUGCUUCCAUUUCUAUGGUGUUCUUUGUCUCACAAAGCUUUGUUCUGUAUGAGAGAGAGUGAAGAAAACAGAUCCAUGCUGCGGAAUGAUAAAGGCAGUGCUGUGAAAAUUUAAUGUCAUGCUCUUAAUACUGUUCUUAUGGAGGGGAGAUUGUCUUCAGGUGUAAUAAUUUAGAAGAGUUUAUUAGAGUGUUCAAAAGACAUAAUAAACAACAUCAAAAUGA